UCCUUUGGGCAUGAGAAAACUCUCAUUUGCAAAUCAGAUUUUAAAUUAAAUCAGGCAACACUUACAGGAAAAAAAUAUGUAUGUAACUCCUGUGGGAAAUCUUUCAGCUGUUCAUCCUGCCUUACUAUACAUCACAGAACACACAUGGGGGCAAGCCCCAUGAGUACAAUGAAUGUGCAAAAACUAUUUACCAGAAUUCAGACUACAUUAAAAGUCAGAGAAUCCAGAUGGCGGAGAAAUCUUAUGAAUGUAAUAUAUGUAGAAAAGCCUGCUGGAAGUCACAACUAAUUACACAUCAGAGAAUUCACACGGGUGAGAAACCUUAUGUAUGUAACAUAUGUGGGAAAGCUUUUCGCCAGAAAUCACCACUCACUGCACAGAGAAUUCACACAGGGGAGAAACCUUAUGAAUGUAAAACAUGCGGUAAAGCCUUCUGCCGGAAGUCACAACUCAUCAUACAUCAGAGAAUCCACACAGGGGAGAAACCUUAUGAAUGUAAUACAUGUGGAAAAGCCUUUUCCUGGAAGUCAGAACUUGUUAAACAUCAGAAAAUUCACACUGUUCGUGAAAGACCAUAUGAAUGUAGUACAUGUCAAAAAGCUUUUUGCCGGAAGUCACAACUUGUUCAACAUCAGAGAAUUCACACUGGGGAGAGACCUUAUGUAUGCAAUUCAUGUGGAAAAGCUUUUUGUCAUAAGUCAGUUCUCGUUACACAUCAGAGAAUUCAUACUGGUGAGAGACCUUAUGAAUGUAAUACAUGCGGAAAAACCUAUUGCCAUAGAUCAACCCUCAGUAUACAUCAUAGAAUGCACACAGGGGAAAAACCUUGUUCUUGUACUACAUGUGGAAAAGCCUUUUUCCGGAAGUCACAACUCAUUACACAUCAGAAGAUUCACACAGGGGAAAAACCUUAUGAAUGUAAUGAAUGUAGAAAAUGCUUUUCUAGGAGAUCACACCUCAGUAGACAUCAUACAACUCACACAUAAUAGAAACUUCUUGAAUUCAAGGAAUGUGAUGUCUUUUCCAAGAAGUUAGACCUCAGCCAUCAAAAAAAAUGGAAUGAAUGUGGGUAAUCCUUUGCAUGAAGUUUCAGAGGAUUUUGAGACAGUAUGUGAAUGGGGGAUAGCUUUCUACGAUAAGCAAACUUUGACCAUCAUAUAACUGGCACAGUUGAAAAUCCAUCUGAAUGCAGUGGAUGUGGAGUAACUUUUUAGUCUAUGGCCAACUAUAACAUCCAUUAGCGAAUUCCAUAAGGAAAACACUAUAGAAGUGAAAGGGAUGCGGAAAAACCUUUUGUUGAACAUCACAGCACUGCAGGUAUUAGAAAAUUCACAUGACAGAGCAAUACUGAAAGACAGAGCAGGCUUUAUGUUCUGCAAAAUUCACUGUGACAUACCAUGUACAUAUUUCCCUUCACAUAUUGUGAGUGGACCAUGUAAAAGGAGCUUUGCUUUUCACAUGUAUUUUGUUAACAAAUAAAUUUUCAGUCAAUAAAACUUUUUUGAAAUAA